AUGGCCCAGAUUCCAUUCUCCGAAGCUCCAUACGCCCGUGGCCUUCCGUGCCCGCUUUACACCAAGUCUCAUCUUCUAUGGCAAAAAAAAUGUAAAGCUUUCUUGGACAAGAAUUAUCAUCCUUUCGCGGCUCAGUGGGAGGAAGAAGAUAAUGUUUCCGAUUCCUACUGGCAGACCUUCAUAAGCGCGAACAUGUUCGUGCCUUGUAUGGCCAUGCCUCUUCCUUGCGAUUGGUUGAGAAGAGUCGGGAUAUGUGACGUCCUGGGCACCCCGAUCGAAGAGUUUGAUACUCUUCACGGUGUUAUCUAUUACGAUGAGAUAUAUAGAUCAGGGUUGACUGGUCCCUUUUCAGUCGUAUCAAGUUUUACCAUUGGAUCGCCUUAUCUUAUUAGACACGGCUCGCAUGAGCUGCAAGAGCGCUUCCUUCCAGAUAUACUUCUGGGGAAGAAGACGUUUUGCCUAGCCUUGAGCGAGCCUGGAGUUGGGUCUGAUGCCUCACAGAUAUCUACAACUGCUGUUAAGUCCGCUGAUGGCAAAGAAUACAUUAUUAAUGGAGAAAAAAAGUGGAUCACAUCAGGCAUGCGUUCUGAUUAUUGCAUACUAGGAGUUCGUACAGGAGGCCCAGGAUCAAAGGGCUUAUCAGUCGUUGUAUGUCCGCUCAAGGACUAUCCUGGCGUUAGUCGCAGAAGGAUUACCAUGUCCGGUCAAAUAACUGCGCUCCAUGCGCAUAUAACACUCAAGAACGUCAGAAUUCCGGUUACAAACCUUGUGGGCGAGGAAGGUAAGGGCCUGAAAUAUGUCGUUUCAAACGUGAAUCACGAGAGACUGCUUCUCGCAACCAGUGCAGCAAGAUUUUCUAGAGUGGCAUUAUCGACCGCGUUCAAGUAUAGCAUGGAAAGAAAAGCGUUUGGAAAGGCUCUCUUAGAUCAAGCUGUGGUUCGCCAUAGAUUUGCGAAGGCGGGUGCACAGCUUGAAGGAUUUUGGUCGUGGGUCGAGCAGGUGGCCUAUCAGUGUUCAAAAAUGUCAGAGGAAGAAAUCAAUAAGGUUAAUGGCGGGGCAAUCUGUCUUUUGAAGGCUCAAGGUGGCAUUGUGUUCCAGGAAUGCGCAGAAGUAGCAUCUUUGAUUAUGGGGGCCGUGGGUUACGCAAGGAAUGAGUCUGGUUCCCUAGUUGAGAAGCUUUGGAGAGAAGUGAUUGGUGUGAGAGUCCCAGCUGGAAGCGAGGAUGUCAUGCUUGACCAAGGCAUCAAUCAAAUGAGGCGAUCCUAUCAGGAUGACUUGGGGCGUCUGGGGGAAUCAAGCAAGCUUUAA